AGAUCCAGAUGAAGAUUGUAGAAUUGGAGAUGACGUCUGUGGCGGACAAAAUGGAGCAAGUGUCAGAACAGGAUCAGUUGUUUUCUCUGGUUAGUAACGCUCAGCGUGGAAGAAUGGAGGAACAACGCUGUACCUUGACUCCAACAACACCUCAGCAAGCUCAUGCCUACAGCCCAGAUCCCGAUGAGUUUUUCCAGUUGCUGGUCAAGAGUCAAAGUCAAAGAUUAGAUGACCAACGAGUGACACUUAGCUCAUUGCCAGGGAUGGAGGCGUUCACGAUCAAAGACCCGAAAGAUGGAAAUGUAUUGAAGGCAAACUUUGAUCAGAUUUGCAGCAUGGUCAGCAGAGCUCAUAGUUUCAAGAAACGCAACCCUCAAAAAAUGAGCCUGAGCCCCGGGGUCCAGGGCUCUAUAAGAAGAUCAAGCUUCAGUCCUCAAACUACUGCUGAUUCAGACACUUACAACACGCUUACAACCAAAUCAGCUUCAUUCAACCCUAUAUCAGACAAGGAAAGAAUGGACUAUGAAAGUUUGCAACGUGAGCAGGACCAGCUGUUGCGUCUAGUUAGUCAAGCACAAAGUGGACGUAUGGAUGAACAACGCUGCUCGAUUAACCCUUUAUCACCUGGACAUAUAGAUAACAGCCAGUCAGAUCAAGAUGUCGAGAAGUUUUUUAAACUCAUUGCUAACACCCAAAAUCGCCGGUUAGAUGACCAGCGGGCGACGCUAAACCUGUUGCCAGAGGUCAAAUCGCCUCAUGGUAUGACUGUUCAGGAUUCAGAUCAGCUCUUCAGCAUGGUCUCCAGAAUACAGGGCUCUAGGAUUGACGAUCAGCGCUGCUCUGCUCCCAAAAUCCAGCUGGGGUCUCCUGCCCCCCCAAAGAAGUCUCAUUCUCAACAAGUAUCCCCGACUAACCAUCCAUAUGAGUCAGGCUCACCCACUAAAUCAUCCCGGAGAUCGGGAUCAUUCAGUCCUGCCUCUGAGGUACAAAAUUGUAUUGAUCAGGACCAGUUUUUUUCCCUGGUGCAUCAUGCACAGCAACGGCGAAUGGAUGACCAGCGGUGCUCAUUUGAACCCUUUAAAAAGACAUCCUUCUCUCCAAAGAACCCAAACGUUAGUCCCACAGCGGAAGAUCCUGAGCAGUUUUUCAAGCUGAUAUCCAACUUUCAGAGCGGACGACUGGAUGACCAGCGCAUGACACUCAACGCAUUCCCAGGCAUCCAGAACUCUGGCACUGGAACUAGAAGAGAGAACAAUAAAGCAUUAGCCCCUCAAAUCGUCCUGACCCCCGCGUCACCGGCUGUGCCAAAAAAAGUUUGUUCCAGACCGUCCUCUCCCACUCUGAGCGUCAGUGAAUCAGACACACCUGUCAGGCCUCCCCCCAGAUCGGCCUCGUUUUCCCCAGAGAGAUUACUGCAUGAUGACAUUUCUGCACAGAUAUCAUUUCAGAUUUCCAUGUGCUUCCCUCCACAUCAGACGCAUGAAGCAAAUAACCAGCCGUGUCCAUUACCUGAAGUCUUCCUCACCAUCGGUCAACCAGGGGAGACUAUAGUAAUUCCUCUCACCCCUAGGCCUGGCAGACCGCUUUCUCUUAAUGUGAACCCACCCAGACAGCAUCGCUCCAGGUCUGCAUCUCCUCACAAGUCUCCAGCCAGUCAGGGACACCCAAGACCCUCUUCUCCACACCCAAGAGACAUGGCUAGUCCAAUGGUCCCAUAUGAGGACUACAUCUCUCUGAACCAAAGAAUCCAGAACACUCAGCUGCAACAGAAUAAUGUAAGGGACAGAGCAGAACCAAACAAGGACGCUAAGAAGGGAAAAGGAAAGAGUAAUGGAAAGAAAGAGAAAAAAGAGGCAAGCAAAGAAAAGAGAAAAUAG